AUGCAUGAGAAGCUCCGCGGCAUCGGCGAGGCGACCGCGCUCUUUUCAGAACUUGCUAGGGCAGAGGCCCUGUCCACCCUGGCGUCCCUCGAGGGGUCGCCAGGGCCCGCCGCGGCCCUGGCGAGGCCCGUGGGCGGCCUGCUCCUCAUCGACGCCUACGCCCUCGCGAUGGCCGGGCACGAGUCGCUCGCGCCGACGCGGGCGCUCCCGGCGCUGGCCACGCCGGAGACCAAGGCGAACUUCGUGAAGUACAAGCGCCGGAUGAUCGCGUACAAGGCGGACCUCGACGUGACGGCGCAGCUGCGCGCGUUUGCCGAGGGUUUGCACCCGCGCCUCGGCGCCGACAGCGCCGUCCACCUCUUGGAGGGCUGCCGCGACGUCCUCGGCUUGAUCGCCGCCGAGGUGCGCGGCGCGCCUCCGCCGCGUGGGCGCGGCACGUCGCAGCUCCGGCAGGUGUCGCUGCUCCUCAACUAUGAGCGGCGGCGGCGGCAGCUGGGCGAGGCGCUCGCCGACGAGCGGCGUGUCGAGCUCGAGCUGGCGGCGCGCCGCCAGCAGGCCGCCGUCGACGCCGCGCUCGCCGACGAGCGGCGGCGCUCCGCACAGUAA